AUGUUCUUUUCGCAGCCAGUGCACAUGACCAGGGCGGAGGAGCUCCGGAAGCCACCUCCCAAGGGCUCUCCGUACUCUGUCGCUAUCCCCGGAUCAGAGGUGCCAGGUCGGAGUCAGGUCUACCGGCCAUGGAACAUGCAAAAAGAGCUGCUAGUCUCGCUGGACCCGGCAGUCUCCACAGUACACGAUAUGUUCGAGUCGAGCGCCAACCGAAACCCCAAACUUCGCUGUCUCGGCACCCGCCCCUACGACUCCAAGACCAAGUCGUUCGGUCCCUACCAGUGGAUUGACUACCAGACUGUUCAGAAACGACGAGCUAACCUGGGAGUCGGGCUCGUGGAGCUGCACAAGAAGCACGGCCACGAUGGAGAAAAGUACGGCGUCGGACUCUGGUGCCAAAACAGACCGGAAUGGCAGAUCACAGAUCUGGCGUGUGCCUCGCAGUCUUUGUUCUCCGUGUCAAUUUAUGAUGUCCUCGGCCCCGAUACAACGGAAUAUAUUAUCAACCACGCCGAGCUAAAUUGCGUCGUCACGUCUUUGCCGCACAUCCCCGCACUCAUCAAAUUGAAGCCUAAGCUGCCAACACUCAAAUUCAUCGUUUCCUUAGAUCCACUCGACGCUGAUGAGCACCCCGGUUUGUCGAAACGGGCGCUUUUGAAGGACAUGGCCAACGGCCUUGGUCUGUCAAUCUAUGGCAUCGAGGAAGUGGAGGAACUCGGCGCCUCCCUUAAUCGACCCUAUAAUCCACCUUCGGCCGACGACAUUGUGACUAUCAACUACACCUCAGGCACCACAGGACCCCCCAAAGGUGUGGUUUUGACUCAUAAGAAUGCCGUGUCAUCCGUUUCUUCCAGUAUGGUUAUUACUACAAAUAAGCCCGGCGAUAUUAGCAUAUCGUAUCUCCCACUAGCUCAUAUUUACGAGCGUAUGAUCGAACAGGCGUGUCUCUGGACUGGCGGUGGCAUUGGUUACUACCACGGUGAGAUUUUGGAAUUGGUAGAUGAUUUGAAGAUAUUGCGCCCAAAUGCUUUCGUAUCGGUACCUCGGCUUUAUACGCGCUUCGCUGGUGCAGUUCGCAAUGCUACCGUGGAUGCUCCAGGCUUCAAAGGAAAGUUGUCGCGACAUGUCGUGGAUGCCAAGUUGGCAAACCUGGCCAAUCCAGACACGACCAACGCAACAGAAAAGCAUGCUCUGUAUGACCGAAUCUGGACUCGGAAAGUCGCCAGUGCCUUGGGAUUGGACCGUGUCAAGAAUAUGGCAUCUGGUUCAGCGCCGUUAGACCCGACUAUUCACAAUUUUAUGCGCGUUGCAACGGGGUCCAAUUUUGUGCAGGGGUAUGGUCUGACGGAAUCAUACGCCUUGACCCUCGUGCAAAACAUCGAUGACCGCUCUGUAAGUAACUGCGGUGGUCUCAUUGUGGCUGACGAGGCCUGUCUGGCAUCACUUCCAGAUAUGGAGUACUCUGUUGAUGACAAGCCAUUCCCUCGUGGAGAGUUGCUAAUCCGUGGCAACACCAUUUUCCGUGAGUAUUUUAAGAAUCCAGAAGAAACAGCUGCUGCUUUUACCGAAGAUGGCUGGUUCCGCACUGGCGAUGUGUGCACCAUUGAUGAGCUCGGCCGAUUCAGGAUCAUUGACCGACGAAAGAAUGUCCUGAAGUUGGCCCAGGGUGAAUACAUCUCUCCAGAGCGUUUGGAAGGCAUCUUCUUGGCAGAGCACACAUAUUUGGCUCAAGCCUAUGUACACGGAGACAGCAUGCAGACUUCUUUGGUUGGAAUUUUUGGAGUUCAGCCGGACACCUUUGCAGCGUUCGCCAGCAGGGUUUUGCAGCAAGAAAUAAACCCUACGGACUUGAAGCAAAUCGAGUCCGUCCUGCAUGAUGACAGACUCCGUAAGGCAGUGCUGAAAGACUUUGAACGGACUGCAAAGAAGCACAAGUUUGCUGGGUAUGAAAGAGUACGAAACAUUUCUCUGAUGAUGGAGCCGUUUUCCAUUGAUAAUGACCUUUUGACCCCGACAUUAAAAAUGAAGCGUCCUCCGAUUGUGAAGAAAUUCCGCACCUUGCUUGAUAAUCUGUAUGCCCAACUGGCCGAAGAGCAAGCAGCUCCGAAGGCGAAGCUUUAA